UCCUUAUAUUCAUUUUCAAUAGAGCCCCUUACAUCAAUGGCCACGGAAAACACAAAGAAAGCAGCGAAGUCGGAAACAGCUCCAACGUCACCGUCGGCGGCGGCGGAAUCACCGCCAUGGUCACCUCCUCCUCCACGUCCUCCUCCUCCUUCUCCUUCCUUGUCCUCCUCCCCAUCCCACGAGUUCUCUUUCACAAUCUCUUUUCACGCUCCCAAAACCUUCUCCGCCACCACCAGCGCCGCAGCUGCCGCUGUUAAGCUCAGCAAGUCUUCCUCUUCUCUUCUUGACUUCGACCUCUCCCCCGCCGACGACAUCUUCUUCAACGGCCACCUCCUCCCCCUCCACUUCGUCUCUCACCGCCCCUCCGACAUCUCCAUACACAACGCCGAUUUCCAUCCCCCCGGCCAAAUCGGAGCAGAGUAUGUGUCUAUAACUCAAAAUUCUUACAGAGAGACCAGCAACACCGCCGCCGCCGCCGCUGUUUCUACCUCAGACUACAAUGGCCGUAGCCUUUCCAAAUCCUUCCCCUUAAUUUGGCUCCGAAAAUGGCUGAGAGGAAAAGACGGCGGAGAAGACAGAGUUGAGGAAAAGCAGAGGAAGAAGACGAUAAAGAAGAAGGUUUUCGGCUUCGGCUCCCUGUGGAAGAAAUACACAAGCUUGGUUGAGUCGUUUCACUUCCUGAACUAUUGGAAAGAAAAGAGGGAAAUAAGGCGGAGUUCUCAGUUCUCCUUCUCCGGGGACGGUCGGCUGCGGGGCUGGCACGGUCAGGGAGGGUUGUCGGCGCCACCGUCCAUUCGGACAUCGCCGGCAAACAGCGGCCUCCUUGGGACGCCUCCGACGACUAACUUCUCAUCGGAGGAGCUACAGAAUGCUAUUCAGGCUGCCAUUGUACACUGCAAGAACUCCAUUGCAGUUGAAGACGACUAAUUAAGUGUUGAAGCAGAGUGUUGUUAUUGCUAAUGAUUUGUUUAAUCUUCUAUAGAUUGCUUGAUUAA